AUGGACGAAAUCAUACCCAACCUGUGGAUCGGGGACCUCCCGAGUGCGCUCGACACCGAGAUACUGAAAUCUCACAACAUUCGGAGUGUGCUGACGCAGACCUUCACUCGACUGCAAAUCAACCUCGACGACACAGAGGACGAAGAUAUCCUCGCACACCUCGUGCCUGCUCUGUCAUUCAUCGAAGCCGAGCUGGACAAGGGAUGGGGCGUACUCGUGCAUUGCCAAGCUGGGCUGAGUCGCAGUGUAACGAUCGUGGCCGCAUAUCUCAUGUACGUGCAACAUAUCGAUCCCCAAGCUGCACUCGAGCUCAUCAAGAAGGCGCGGACGAAUAUAGAGCCGAACGCUGGGUUCCGGAGACAAUUGGAGAUUUUCCAUGCAGCCUCCUAUAAAGUCUCCAGGCGUGACAAGGCCACCCGUAUGUUCUACUUGGAGAGAGUUGUCCAGGAUGUGAUGAAUGGCGACGGGUCAGUAGAGACGGACUUCUUCGCAAAGUUUCCUCGGACACCGUCAGACUCUACGCCUCCAACGCCCAGCCCCGGACCACGUCGCAGGAUUCGAUGCAAGAUGUGCAGACAAGAGCUUGCAGCAAGAGAACACAUGCUCGAUCACGGACAGCUCGGUCCUGCAACGCCCGCUGGGGCACUCUCUCCCGCUACUUCCAGACGACCAUCCAUGCACGACGGGAAGCCCUUCAGCCCGUUCAGCCCAUAUUCGCCGCCAGGCUCUCGGCGGCCGUCGAUGCACGACAGCAAGCCUCUGAACCCCCUGUCUCCGCUGUCUCCGUCGUCCCCGGGGCCGUCUAGGCGGCCGUCGACGCACGAGCCGACGGCGCGCUCGCGGCUUGGGUCCAACGCAGACAACCGCCCGCUGAGGUCGUCGCUGCUUGCCAUGGAGGGUGCGGUGCAGCUAGGCCAGGACGUAUCGGACUUGCUGUCGGAGUCGGCAGUAGAAGAGGAAGAUGACGACUCGGGCGAAGAGGAGAGUCCUGCGCCGGCACCGAAGGGAAGGCGCGAGAAGGAGGUGCAGGAAGCACCUGUGCCUCCAUCGCUCACCUCGCCAGUGACGGAGCCGCUCCCUGCGAUACCACCUCUGGUCGCGCGGCGCCUGUCUUCGUCGACUGGGCUGUCGCACCCGUCUGAUCUCGCAGCACAGCUGUAUGCACACCCGAAGCUGGCACCCUUGCGUUCUCCGCCGGCUUUGAGUAUGACGCCGAUGACAUCCUCGUCGGGCGCGCCUUCGCCAACGGCGAGCAAAGGAUUUCCGUUCAGCCCGCCGAUCCUGGUCAACCCGAAGUGCUCGGGCUACUUCGUGGAGCCGAUGCAGUGGAUGGAGUUCUUUCUUGAGGAGGGUCAGAUGGCUGGUAAGAUUAUUUGUCCGAACAAGAAGUGCGGUGCGAAGCUGGGCAAUUAUGAUUGGGCGGGGGUGUGUUGUAGCUGCAAGGAGUGGGUCACGCCGGGGUUCUGUAUACAUCGGUCGAAGGUAGAUGAAGUAGUAGUAUGA